AUGGUGGUGGCAGGUGGUCCGGAGGCCCAGGCCCCAACUCCACAGUAUGUCGAGGUGGCGCUGCCCCACGAUGGCUCCUCCCUAAGCCCCCCUCCCCCCCAGGCGCUGGGCCCCAGUGUGGGGAGUCCGGCGAGUGAGGACAGCGAGAGCGUGGGUCACCGCCCUUCUUGUCAGAGGCCCCACGAUCCUGCUUCUCAAGGCGUGUCCUUCACACUCGCCACCGUGGACCCCGCAGCCGCUGGCACCCUGCCUUGUGCCCACAGGUCCCCAGAUGUGCUGAAAGACUUUGCCCCGGGUUCGCAGCUGCCCGUCCUGCUGUAUGACGGCGACGCCAAAACGGACACGCUGCAGAUGGAGGAGUUUCUGGAGGAGACGCUGGGCCCCCCAGAAUGAGGAUUCCCCAGCCUAGCGCCCAGAUACAGGGAGUCCACCGCGGCGGGCAAUGACGUCUUUCACAAAUUCUCCGCCUUCAUCAAGAACCCGGUGCCCGCGCUGGACAAUGAUGAGGAGGCCCUGUACCAGCAUCUGCUGUGCGCCCUCGCCAAGCUGGACAGCUACCUGCGCGCGCCCCUGGAGCACGAGCUGGCGCGGGAGCCGCAGCUGCGCGAGUCACGCCACCGGUUUGUGGACGGCGACCAGCUCACGCUGGUCGAUUGCGGGCUGCUGCCCAAGCUGCACACCGUGAACGGGAGCACGGUGUGCGCGCCCUUCCGCCAGGCGCCCAUCCCCUCUGAGUUGCGCGGCGUCCGUCGCUACCCGGACAACGCCCUGCAGGAGAAAGAGUUCAACUACACGUGUCCACACAGCGCCGAGAUCCUGGCGGCCUACCGGCCCGCCGUGCUCCCCCGCUAG